GUUAGCUGGUGAAAGGAGAAUCCCAGCAUGGAGAGAAAUGCUGGAAAGUGAAAAGGGAAUCAAGUGGCCAGCAGACAGUUUUGCCAGCUCAUGUGAUUAGGGCAGACUGUGAGCCCCAAGUCCCGGCAGGGAAGCUGGAAGGGGUUAGCAGGGGUCAUCUGGAGUGGGGAUAGAAAGAAAAGAGAGGGGAGAACCAGUGGAAAAAAGCUGUCUGGAAACAUCAUCUCACCCCACUUCCCUGAUUUCCUUUCCAUUUCCCCUCUCCCCACUUCCCCCCUCAAAUGCCACCCUUUAAAUCCACAAACUUCAAAUUCUUCAGCCGUGCUGGUAGCAGAAGCAUCAUGGUGCUGUGCAGAGGGGAAAACAGGGACAGCCAUGUCCAAUAAAUCUCAUGGUUGUGCUGGAUCUCUUGAACGCCCUGCAAUACAAGAGAAGAAGAAGAAUUUGGAGCAUUUUUCUAGGAGCAGGCCUGGCCAGUGUUACUGUGUACACAGAUAGUGCUGGAACAAGGUCUGUCUGCAAAGGAGACCCGGGUUCUUCCUCACUUUUUGUCCCGGCAGUCCAGGACUGCCACGCCUUUGUUUUGUGGACCUUUGCACUGUAAACAGCUCUAUGAGGGAACUGCUCCUGUAAAGAUUUCCUCUCACUGGCCUGCUCUGAAUACCCUUGAUCCUGCUAAAGAACAAAGGGCAUCAGAGCUGGACAUGUGAUCAUUUCCAGUUUCUGUUUCAAUAUCGUGUUCAGAUUCUUCAGGCAGCUUAGAGCAGCUCUGUCACAGACUCUUGGAAGCUCAACGGCUGGCGGCUUUUGGCUAUGGAUAUGUGAUCCAUGAUAGGUGCUGUGUCUAGGAUAGAGUGCAGAGCAGAGACUUUGCUGGGCAGAGCAAGCAGCCAGGUGCCCAUCUGCUCUUCUGCACUUGAGUUGUCUCCUGACCCAUCUGUCUGCUCCUGAAAUGGAAUAUGUUUGGUAUUGGCUCGAUGAUUCCAAGGAGUGGAUUGAGUACGGGAAAGAGCACCCAGAUCAUGCCACUGCCACUGUAACAUCUGCAUUUCUGGAGAAGGAAUAUCUAGCUGACAAGAAUGGUGUUAUUUUUUUCAGGGCUGGUUCUCAGAAGUAUAAGUUAGACUUUGCAGACAUGAUCCAAACAAAUCUGCUCUUUCAAACUCAAAGAAGUGUUAUUCGACUGCCUAAACAGCCUGAAGGUGGACAAGAUGGAAGCCAAAACACGACUCUCUUGCAUCCUGUCUAUCCUCCACAGUGGGACAAAACUGCUCUACCUGACAUCGGGUUCAAGUUGAUACAGCUCAGUUACGAUUCCCAAGAAUAUAGAAAAAUCAAGAGUCUAUUUGAGAAGACAAUGAAAAAUUACUGCAUCAACCAACUCCAGAGGAUCCAGAACCCAACACUUUGGGACAUUUUUCAGUGGCAAAAAGAAAAGAUGAGGAAGCUCCAUCAAUUGAAAGCGGUAAACGAGAGGCUCCUGUUCCAUGGCACAAGUCCAUCCCAUGUGUCUGCCAUCUGUGAGCAGAACUUUGACUGGAGACUCUGUGGGACUCAUGGGACGAUGUAUGGAAAAGGAAGCUACUUUGCCAGGGAUGCCAGCUAUUCCCACGAGUACUGUUCCUCUCACAGUGGGCGCUACAGAAUGUUCGUAGCCCAGGUUCUUGUUGGAGACUUUGUGCAGGGGAACCCUGAGUACUGCCGCCCUCCACCCAGAGCCAAAAAUUCAAACAGACUUUAUGACAGCUGCGUGGAUGACCCGACAGAUCCUUCCAUCUUUGUCAUCUUUGAGAAGCAACAAGUUUACCCUGCCUAUAUCUUGGAGUACAGCACUGAGACCAGCUGUGUGGUCCUGUAAUGAAUGGUGGAAUGUCCUUUGAAUUCACGCUGAAUAAAUUACUCUUCAGUACA